AGCUCUGUGCCAUCUGGUGCUUGCGCUACACCGCCGGUAAACUGUGCCACAUCUGGACUGACUCUCAGGGCCUAUGCCAACUCUGUUCAGGUUGCCAGUGGAUACGGAGUGUCCGAUGGUCGAUCAGGUGUUGGUCCUGACUACUACCUAUCUCAAGCACCCUUGGCUCAGGGCAGCACAAAUUCACUUGGGGUUCCUUCUAAGGGAUCAGCUGGCUCGACCGCAACGCCAUAUAACCCGCAGACACCGGGCUCGUCGGCGACGUUCCAGUACUACGAUGGCUUGACCCAAACCUACGGAGGAAUCACGUACAACGCGAACAACUUUACCCUCGUUUUUACAGGUUAUUUCCGUCCUGACCAGACCGGAACAUACACGUUCUGCUACGCACCUAACGCCGACAACCGCGACGUUCUGUAUCUCGGCAGCAUCAGCGCGUUUCCUUGUGGCCAGCCCUCCAAAGGAGCAACCCCUCGAGGAGCCACUCCACUGGCUCAGUACUGGUUCGCUGCGUCCGGGAACACUGGUUGUGUCAGCACUAACCUCGUUGCCGGGUUCUUCUACCCAAUUCGAUCAGUCUUUGGGAACUGGGGUACUCCUUCGUCACUUUCUCUUGUGUUUUCGGGGCCUGGGCGAACGACAAACUCGUCCGAUAUAUCGGGGCUUGCCUACGCUGAAUCAUGCUAA